UGGCUGAAUCCCAUGCGCUCCCCUUCCCCGCCCCCUCCGGUGAGGUGAGAGGUCAUCGGAGAGGCGGUCUGAGGGGACCACAAUGGCCGGGCUUUGGGUAGGCGCGGUAGCGCUGGUCGCGGCUGGACGGCAAGGGCGGCGGCCGCCGCAGCAGCUGAUGCGAAGCGCGGCGCUGUGGACCCUGAAGCACUGCUCAAGACAGCACUUUAUGGUGUCCCGUAGUCUUGGUUCACUGGGAUAUGAUCCUAAUGAAAAAACUUUUGAUAAAAUUCUUGUUGCUAAUAGAGGAGAAAUUGCAUGUAGGGUUAUUAAAACCUGCAAGAAGAUGGGCAUUAAGACGGUUGCCAUUCACAGUGAUGUUGAUGCUAGUUCUGUUCAUGUGAAAAUGGCGGACGAGGCUGUCUGUGUUGGCCCAGCUCCCACCAGUAAAAGCUACCUCAACAUGGAUACCAUCAUGGAAGCCAUUAAGAAAACCAGGGCACAAGCUGUACAUCCAGGUUAUGGAUUCCUUUCAGAAAACAAAGAAUUUGCCAGAUGUUUGGCAGCAGAAGAUGUCAUUUUCAUUGGACCUGACACACAUGCUAUUCAAGCCAUGGGUGACAAAAUUGAAAGCAAAUUAUUAGCUAAGAAAGCAAAGGUUAACACCAUCCCUGGCUUUGACGGUGUAGUCAAGGAUGCAGAUGAAGCUGUCAGAAUUGCAAGGGAAAUUGGCUACCCUGUCAUGAUCAAGGCCUCGGCAGGUGGUGGUGGGAAAGGCAUGCGCAUCGCUUGGGAUGAUGAAGAGACCAGGGAUGGUUUUAGAUUUUCAUCUCAAGAAGCUGCUUCUAGUUUUGGUGAUGAUAGACUACUAAUAGAAAAAUUUAUUGAUAACCCUCGUCAUAUAGAAAUUCAGGUUUUAGGUGACAAACAUGGGAAUGCUUUGUGGCUUAAUGAAAGAGAGUGCUCAAUUCAGAGAAGAAAUCAGAAGGUGGUGGAAGAGGCGCCAAGCAUUUUUUUGGAUGCUGAAACUCGAAGAGCAAUGGGGGAGCAAGCUGUGGCUCUUGCCAAAGCAGUGAAGUACUCCUCUGCUGGAACUGUAGAGUUCCUUGUGGACUCAAAGAAGAACUUUUACUUCUUGGAGAUGAACACGAGACUCCAGGUUGAGCAUCCUGUCACAGAAUGCAUUACUGGCCUGGACUUAGUCCAAGAAAUGAUCCGUGUUGCUAAGGGUUACCCUCUCAGGCACAAACAAGCUGAUAUUCCCAUCAACGGCUGGGCAGUUGAAUGUCGGGUUUAUGCUGAGGACCCCUACAAGUCUUUUGGUUUACCAUCUAUUGGGAGACUGUCUCAGUACCAAGAACCAUUACAUCUACCUGGUGUCCGGGUUGACAGUGGCAUCCAGCCAGGAAGUGAUAUUAGCAUUUAUUAUGAUCCUAUGAUUUCAAAGCUAAUCACAUAUGGCUGUGAUAGGACUGAAGCACUGAAGAGGAUGGAAGAUGCGCUGGACAACUAUGUUAUUCGAGGUGUUACACAUAAUAUUGCAUUACUUCGAGAGGUAAUAAUCAACUCACGUUUUGUAAAAGGAGACAUCAGCACUAAAUUUCUCUCUGAUGAGUAUCCUGAUGGCUUUAAAGGACAUACAUUAACCAAGAGUGAGAGAAACCAGUUAUUGGCAAUAGCAUCAUCCUUGUUUGUGGCAUUCCAGUUACGAGCACAACAUUUUCAGGAACAUUCAAGAGUGCCCAUUAUUAAACCAGAGAUGGCUAAGUGGGAGCUCUCAGUAAAGCUGCAUGAUGAAAUUCAUACUGUCGUAGCAUCAAACAGUGGGUCAACGUUCUCUGUGGAAGUUGAUGGGUCGAAACUAGAUGUGACUGGUACGUGGAACCUGGCUUUGCCCUUACUGUCUGUCACUGUUGAUGGCACUCAGAGGACUAUCCAGUGUCUUUCUCGAGAAGCAGGUGGAAACAUGAGCAUUCAGUUUCUUGGUACAGUGUAUAAGGUGCGUGUCUUAACCAAACUCGCUGCAGAAUUGAACAAAUUUAUGCUGGAAAAAGUGGCUGAGGACACGAGCAGCAUUCUGCGUUCCCCAAUGCCUGGACUGGUGGUAGCGGUCUCUGUCAAGCCCGGCGACAUGUACUGUGUGCUUGAAGCAUCCUUGAAGAACUCAUGCCAAGGAACAGCCUUCCAUGGAGGAACUUUUUGCAUGAUUUUUGGAAUAAAUGUCUAAUUGGGGAAGAGAGUUUUAAGGAAAGGGUAAUUCUAUAAUCUGGGCAGUACCAGAGUACUCCCCCAACUUGAUAAAUAUAAUUUAGGAUCACAGUUUGAAGUUUUUCAUCUUGAUCUUAUGACAUUAAAGCAUAAAUCAAAGCUAUGUUGAUAUUCCUCAUGUGUUCAGUCUCAAGAUAACUUGCUAUGGAUGAAUUUGUAGGAUGCAUGCAUUUUCUUAGAGCAUGGAUAGAAAUCUCUAUUGAUAAGCAGGAAAAUGAAAAGAAAACAACUGAAGGCACAAUCAGAAGAUUGCUAAGGGUGCUUGAGUACUGGCGUGUUGAGUUAUGGGCAGGAACACAGCAGCCAUGCACAAUGGUCUUUCCUAGAUACACAUGGCGAUUCCCAGUUGCAGCUCAGUUACGUCUUUGGGCUUUAUGUACUCCCCUGGGAAGGUCAUAUUAGAAAUGCUUCCUGAUUUCUUUAAUAAAGGUAAAAUAUCCUCUUAGCAUUGAGAGAGAAUCGUGUAAUUGACAGUGGCUUCUGGAGGAGUAUUUAUGAUAAAUGAAUGUUAAGAAAACAUGAUCCGUUUUAGUUGUGUAAACAGUUCUGAAAUUGAUAUGUGAAUUUAGAAAACUGACUUAACAGUUACUUUACCUGAUGAUAUAGAAAUACAAUUACUAGCUUUUCCAGAA